AUGGUGUUGACCAAAAAAGGAAAAUCAUCACCGUCAGAUAAAGAAAGAUCGCUACCAUUAGAUAUCAAUGCGCCAGUUAUACUCUUAAUUGGAAAAACAGGUGCCGGCAAGAGUACGUUGGGAAAUCAUUUGUUAAGAAUCUCGAAUGAAAAAAAUCUCGUUUUUAAGGUCUCCGGAGGUUUUGAUUCGAUAACCAACGAAUCUAGUUCCGCAAUUUACAAAAUUGGUGACGAAACUUACAACAUCAUCGACACGCCUGGGAUUUUUGAUACCGACAAGCCCAAUAAAGAAAUCAUGGAAGAAAUCGCGCGCACCGUCCAAAGAUGUGCUUAUGGAAUCAAGGCCAUAUUAUUUGUUAUCGAAGCCAAAAGGCUAACGAAUGAGCAAAACAACGUGAUCGAUGGAAUAUCGACGUUUUUCGGAGAAGAGGCCUUUCUAAACAUGAUUAUUGUCUUUUCGUAUAUUAAUAAGGAAAAUACAAAUGACCCAAAAAAUUUUGAAAAGACUUGGAACAAAAAGGUUCGCAUGCUCGUCAAUCGCAUGGGUAAUCGGUGGGCCAUUACUCCGAAUCCAAGCGAUUUCCCCCCUGGUACUGAAGUGCAUGAAAAAUGUUUAGCACAUUUAGAAAAGACUAUUUCCAGAGCAGAGGCAGUGUACUUUAAAAGGAGGGCUGAAAUUGAUGAAAGAGCACGUAUCGCAAAUGAUAAUAAUUUUAUGAAACUUCAGGAUUUUUUAAUUGAAAAAAUGAUAAGUGAUCUUAAACGUCAAGAAGGUUGUUUCUGGCUUGAAACCAGAGUUAAGCUUGAAUCAGGAAGAAUCGUUCGAAUGUCAGAACUUCAAGUAGGGGAUCGAGUGUUGUCAAACAUCAGAAAUGGUAUUGAAGAGUUUUCAGAUGUUUACCUUAUCGCUCACAUUGGUAAACUCGAUCAUGAAGAAAAAUUUACCAAGAUAAGCUUCACCAAAUCAAACGGCUAUAAAGGUCAAUUACGUCUCACAACCACUCAUUAUGUCUUCAAUGAAAAUUUAUCUAUCAUUUUUGCCAAAGAUUUACAUCCGAGAAAAACCAAGAUUUUAGUAUCUGAUGGUAAUAAUAAGCUUGUUCCAGUCAUUGUGGAUGAUAUAACGAAUGAAUGGCACGAUGAAUAUAUUAGCUUUUACACUCGGGCAGGUUCAGUUAUUGCCGAAGGCGUAUUUUGUUCUUGCUACGACGAUUGCCCGCCUUCUCAGUCGCUCAUGGACCUUGUUUUUUUACCAGUUCGCUGGUGGACCCUUUUCAAACCAAGUACUCAUCGCGAAAAACGCCUUCAUCCUUAUGUUCAGACCCAAAAAAGAAAAUCAUCGUCAGAUAAAGAUCGAUUUUUACCGUUGGAUAUCAAUGCGCCAGUUAUACUCUUGAUUGGAAAAACAGGUGCUGGUAAGAGUACGUUGGGAAAUUAUUUGUUAAGAAUCUCGGAAGAUGAUAAGUGCGCUUUUAAGGUCUCUGAAGAUUUUGAUUCGGCAACCAAAAAAUCUAGCUCCGCGGUUUACCAAAUUGGUGGCAAAACUUACAUCAUUAUCGACACGCCUGGAAUUUAUGGUACCAAAGAGCUCAAUGAAGAAAUCAUGGAAGAAAUCGCGCGCACCGUCCAAAGAUGUGCUUAUGGAAUCAAGGCCAUAUUAUUUGUUUUUGAAUCCAAAAGGUUAACGGAUGAGCAAAAAAACAUGAUCGAUGGAAUAUCGACGUUUUUCGGGGAAGAGGCCUUUCUAAACAUGAUUACUGUCUUCUCGAAUUGUAAUAAGAAAGAUACGAUAGACCCAAUAAAUUUUGAAAAGACUUGGAACAAAAAGGUUCGCAUGCUCGUCAAUCGCAUGGGUAAUCGGUGGGCUAUUACUCCGAAUCCAGACGACUUUCCCCCUGGUACUGAAGUGCAUGAAAAAUGUCUAGAAAAUUUAGAAAAUAUUAUUUGUACCCUAAAUGGAAUAUAUACAAAUGAAUUGCUCGAAAAGUCACGAAAAGAGCAAGAAGAACUCGCGCAGAUUGCAAGGGAAGAACAAGAAAGGAGACAAAGAGAAUAUGAUGAGAAUAAAAGAACGGAAGGUGAAGACAUGGCAAUAGAAGAAUAUUUGAAAAGAAAGACUGAAGAACGUGAGGAUUCAAUCUUUGCACUAAUUAUUAGUUUUCUUAAACAAAAAUUUAAUCAAGGAGGUUGUUUCUGGCUUGAAACCAGAGUUAAGCUUGAAUCAGGAAGAAUCGUUCGAAUGUCAGAACUUCAAGUAGGGGAUCGAGUGUUGUCAAACAUCAGAAAUGGUAUUGAAGAGUUUUCAGAAGUUUACCUUAUCGCUCACAUUGGUAAACUCGAUCAUGAAGAAAAUUUUACCAGGAUAAGCUUCACCAAACCAAACGGCUAUAAUUGUCAAUUACGGCUCACAACCACUCAUUAUGUCUUCAAUGAAAAUUUUUCUAUCAUGUUUGCCAAAGAUUUACGUCCAGGAAAAACCAAAAUUCUAGUAUCUGAUGGUAAUAAUAAGCUUGUUCCGGUCAUUGUGGAUGAGAUAACGAAUGAAUGGCACGAUGAAUAUAUUAGCUUUUACACUCGGGCAGGAUCAGUUAUUGCCGAAGGCGUAUUAAGUUCUUGCUACGACGAUUGUCCGCCUUCUCAGUCGCUCAUGGACCUUAUUUUUUUACCAGUUCGCUGGUGGACCAUUUUCAAUCCAAGCACGCAUCGCGAAAAACGCCUUCAUCCUUAUGUUCAGAUCCAAAAAGGAAAAUCAUCACCGUCAAGAUCGCUACCGUUGGAUAUCAAUGAAGAAAAUUUGCCACCUUUGGAGAUAAAUGCGCCAGUUAUACUAUUAAUUGGGCAAACAGGUGUCGGUAAGAGUACGUUGGGAAAUUAUUUGUUAAGAAUCUCGGAAGAUGAUAAGUGCUCUUUUAAGGUCAACGAAGGUUUUGAUUCGAUGACCAACAAAUCUAGUUCCGCAAUUUACAAAAUUGGUGACGAAACUUAUAACAUCAUCGACACGCCUGGGAUUUUUGAUACCAACAAGCCCAAUGAAGAAAUCAUGGAAGAAAUCGCUCUCACCGUACAAAAAUGUGCUUAUGGAAUUAAGGCCAAAUUAUUUGUUUUGGACUUCCCUCCUGGUACUGAAGUGCAUGAAAAAUGUCUAGAAAAUUUAGAAAACAAUAUUUGUACCAUAUAUGAACUAUAUAAAAAAGAAUUGCUCGAAAAUACACGAAAGGAGCAAGAACGCGCGCGGAUUGCAAGGGAAGAAGAAGAAAGGAGACAAAGAGUAUAUGAUGAAAUUAAAAGAACGGAAGGUAAAGCCAGGACAGAAGCAGAAUACUUGAAAAGGAUGACUGAAGAUGAAAGAGCACGUAUUGCAAAUAAUAAAAAAAUUGAAAAACUUAAGGAUAGCAUAUAUGAAAAAAUAAAUGGUCUUGAAAAAAGUAUAAGUGAGCUUCGACGAGAAUGUGAAAAACUUGCAAAACUUAAUCGAGAA